AUGAGCAUCACAGCCAUAGAAGCUCCGACAGCGACCUCCACGUCAGGCGGGCCCCACCACGAGGCAUCAUCAGCAUCCAACGACGCAACAACACCACAGGAGACGUACGGACAAUUGGUCGCAGACAAGAUGCUUCUCCUCGACUACCAGAAUGUUCUGAUUCAGUCGGUCCUCACCGAGAGAUUCUCUGGUGCCCCUCCUGCACACAUCGACCAGACCGUCUCCGAUUUCGACGGCGUCAUCUACCACAUCUCGACCCCCGAGACGAAGACCAAGAUUCAGCUUUCGAUUCAAAUAAGGUGCUACAAGGACUUGGUCAAGUAUGGGGCAGAGCAAGUGCUGCAGAGGGAAUAUGGCCAGUAUGUGGUGCCGCCGGAACCUGGGUACGACUUCUCGGUAUUGAUCGACUUGGAGAACCUCCCGGAGGAGAAGGAAGAGAAGGAUGCGCUGAUCAUGAAGAUGGCGCUGCUGAAGCGCAACGCCAUGGCCGCGCCUUUCGAGGCCGCUUACGAGGAGCACUACAGGCUGAAGGAGGAGGCAUCCAAGUACACGUCUGAGGAAGCCCCGCAGGGUGUUCGCGAGGGCGGCGAGGUCAUGGCUAUCCACUACCGCGAGGAGGAAGCCAUCUACGUCAAGGCCAGUCACGACCGUGUCACGGUUAUCUUUAGCACCAUCUUCCGCGAGGAAACCGAUCGUGUCUUUGGCAAGAUCUUCAUCCAAGAAUUCGUCGACGCCCGCCGGCGAGCUAUCCAGAACGCUCCCCAGGUGCUCUUCAGGAACGACCCCCCGUUGGAGCUCCAGGGAGUCCCUGGUGUCAGAGAUACCGGAACCGGCGAGAUCGGAUACGUUACCUUUGUUCUUUUCCCUCGACACCUUACACCACAGAGAAUGCCCGACUGCAUCUCCCACAUCCAGACUUUCCGCGACUACUUCCACUACCACAUCAAGGCAUCGAAGGCGUACAUUCACUCAAGAAUGCGCAAGAGAACCGCCGACUUCCUCCAAGUUCUUCGCCGCGCAAGACCCGAUAGCGAGGAGAAGGAACGGAAGACGGCGAGCGGCCGCACUUUCAAGGUCCAGGGAGCGACUCGCUGGACUGUGUCCUUGAAGAUAUGUCCGGAGCUGAGACGUAUCGAAGCUGUAUAA